AAUCCGCCAUUUCAGAAUAGAGCAGUCGCUUUGUUAGAAUAAACGGAAAUAUUGCUGAGAAGGCUGACUAAAUAUUUAGACUAGUAACAGGGCUUUUUACAUAAGAAAGAUUUAAGGAAGUCCGCAGAAAUCUUGUAGCAGAGGAUUUGUCGUUGUUUCGUUAAUAACGUAGCAUUUUAAUGUAUCAUCAAUGACCUUGCAAGAUUGGUUUGAUGAGAUGUCCGAUUAGCUAGCUACUGCUGCUAGUGGACAAACUGUUCACACUCCGUUUCGUUUUUCGGCCUGUAGAUCGGACGGACUGGCAACAGCUAAUAUACGAUAUAGCUAUUCAGCCAGUUGCGUAAAACGAAUAAACAUAUAGACUGAUUUGUUAAGAUAGCUUCUGGUUACAAACUGACGACCACUUUGCGGAAUUCCGAAACCGAGGAGGAGAUGGCGAGCUCAGUGGGAAACGUGGCUGACAGCACAGAACCGACCAAACGUUUGCUUUCCUUCCAAGGGUUGGCGGAGCUGGCACACCGGGAGUACCAGUCCGGCGACUUUGAGGCCGCCGAGCGCCACUGCAUGCAGCUGUGGAGGCAGGAGCCCGACAACACUGGCGUGCUCCUGCUGCUCUCCUCCAUCCACUUCCAGUGCCGCCGGCUCGACAGGUCGGCCCACUUCAGCACCCUGGCCAUCAAGCAGAACCCCAUGCUGGCGGAGGCCUACUCCAACCUGGGCAAUGUCUACAAGGAGCGCGGGCAGCUGCAGGAGGCCAUCGAGCACUACCGCCACGCGCUGCGGCUCAAGCCUGACUUCAUCGAUGGAUACAUCAACCUGGCCGCUGCUCUGGUGGCCGCAGGGGACAUGGAGGGAGCUGUGCAGGCCUAUGUGUCCGCUCUGCAGUACAACCCUGAUCUAUAUUGUGUGCGCAGUGACCUAGGGAACUUGCUUAAAGCCCUCGGGCGACUGGAAGAGGCUAAGGCCUGUUACCUGAAAGCAAUCGAGACUCAGCCCAACUUUGCAGUGGCUUGGAGCAACUUGGGUUGUGUAUUUAAUGCCCAGGGAGAGAUCUGGCUGGCCAUACAUCACUUUGAGAAGGCAGUGACUCUGGAUCCUAACUUCCUGGAUGCCUAUAUCAAUUUAGGCAAUGUUCUGAAAGAAGCUCGCAUCUUUGACAGGGCUGUCGCUGGCUAUCUCCGCGCUCUGAGUCUGAGCCCCAACCACGCUGUUGUCCACGGUAACCUGGCCUGUGUGUAUUACGAGCAAGGCCUGAUCGACCUGGCCAUCGACACCUACCGGCGUGCCAUCGAGCUGCAGCCCCACUUCCCCGACGCCUACUGCAACCUGGCCAACGCCCUGAAGGAGAAGGGCAAUGUAAGGAAGUACACGGUGUCCGAGGCAGAGGAGUGCUACAACACCGCCCUGCGCCUGUGCCCCACCCACGCCGACUCCCUCAACAACCUGGCCAACAUCAAGCGGGAGCAGGGCAACAUCGAGGAGGCCGUGCAGCUCUACAGGAAGGCGCUGGAGGUGUUCCCGGAGUUCGCGGCUGCUCACUCCAACCUGGCCAGCGUUCUGCAGCAGCAGGGCAAGCUGCAGGAGGCCCUCAUGCACUACAAGGAGGCCAUCAGGAUCAGCCCCACCUUCGCCGACGCCUACUCCAACAUGGGCAACACGCUGAAGGAGAUGCAGGACGUGCAGGGAGCCCUGCAGUGCUACACCCGUGCCAUCCAGAUCAACCCGGCCUUCGCAGACGCACACAGCAACCUGGCCUCCAUACACAAGGACUCUGGAAACAUCCCAGAAGCCAUUGCGUCUUAUCGCACGGCCCUGAAGCUCAAGCCAGACUUCCCUGAUGCCUACUGCAACCUGGCACACUGCUUGCAGAUCGUGUGUGAUUGGACGGACUACGACGAGCGCAUGAAGAAGCUGGUGAGCAUCGUGGCCGACCAGCUGGACAAGAAUCGCCUUCCCUCCGUGCACCCCCACCACAGCAUGCUGUACCCGCUGUCUCACAGCUUCCGCAAGGCCAUCGCAGAGAGGCACGGCAACCUCUGUCUGGACAAGAUCAAUGCGCUUCACAAGCCAGCCUUUGAGCACCCCAAGGAUCUGAAGGCCAGCGGCGGGCGCCUGCGUGUGGGUUACGUCAGCUCCGAUUUCGGGAACCACCCCACCUCCCACCUCAUGCAGUCCAUCCCCGGCAUGCACAACUCGGAGAAGUUUGAGGUGUUCUGCUACGCUCUCAGCCCUGACGAUAGCACCAACUUCCGUGUGAAGGUCAUGGCCGAGGCCCACCACUUCACUGACCUGUCCCAGAUUCCUUGCAAUGGAAAGGCUGCAGACAGAAUCCACCAGGAUGGAGUUCACAUCCUGAUUAACAUGAAUGGCUACACCAAGGGAGCACGAAAUGAGCUUUUUGCCCUGCGCCCAGCGCCCAUCCAGGCCAUGUGGCUUGGGUACCCAGGCACCAGCGGAGCACCCUUCAUGGAUUACAUCAUCUCCGACAAGGAGACAUCCCCUCUGGAGCUGGCAGAGCAGUACUCUGAGAAACUGGCCUACAUGCCCAACACCUUCUUCAUUGGAGACCAUGCCAAUAUGUUCCCACACCUCAAGAAAAAGGCUGUGAUUGACUUCAAGUCAAAUGGACACAUUUUCGACAAUCGCAUUGUACUGAACGGAAUCGAUCUCAAGGCCUUCCUGGACAGCCUGCCAGAUGUAAAAGUGGUCAAGAUGAAGUGCGACAGCCAGGAGGCAGGUGACGGCAACGGCGCUCUCUCCAUGCCGGUCAUCCCCAUGAACACAGCUGCAGAGGCCAUCAUCAACAUGAUCAACCAGGGCCAGAUCCAGGUCACCAUCAAUGGCUUCACUGUCAGCAAUGGGCUGGCCACCACCCAGAUCAACAACAAGGCUGCCACUGGAGAAGAGGUCCCUCGCACAGUUGUCGUGACAACGCGCUCCCAGUACGGGCUCCCUGAGGAUUCCAUCGUCUACUGCAACUUCAACCAGCUGUACAAGAUUGACCCUCCCACCCUGCAGAUGUGGGCCAAUAUCCUGAAGCGGGUGCCCAACAGCGUGCUCUGGCUGCUGCGCUUCCCGGCGGUGGGCGAGCCCAACAUCCAGCAGUACGCCCAGAACAUGGGCCUGCCCGCGUCCCGCAUCAUCUUCUCUCCCGUGGCUCCCAAGGAGGAGCACGUCCGGCGGGGCCAGCUGGCCGACGUGUGCCUGGACACACCCCUCUGCAACGGCCACACCACCGGCAUGGACGUCCUGUGGGCGGGCACGCCCAUGGUCACCAUGCCAGGUGAAACCCUGGCUUCUCGAGUGGCCGCCUCCCAGCUCACCUGUCUUGGCUGUCCUGAACUCAUUGCCCAGAGUCGCCAAGAAUACGAAGACGUGGCUGUCAAGCUAGGCACCGAUAUGGAGUACCUAAAGAUGAUCCGUGCUCGCGUGUGGAAACAGCGCAUCUGCAGCCCGCUGUUCAACACCAAGCAGUACACCAUGGAGCUGGAGAAGCUCUACCUGCAGAUGUGGGAGCACCACGCUGCGGGGGGCAAGCCCGACCACAUCAUCAGCCCCCAGCCCCUGGAGGGCAGUGAGAGUGCCUGAGUUCAGUCCGGCCCGGCCCGGCCCGUCCCGGCCCCUGACCCCUGCUCCCUCACCCCUGACCCGGCCCAUUUUCCCUCCAUCUCAGAGACUCUGCUGUGGAGCCUGCAAAGCUUAACCCCCUUCCCAGUGCUCUGAAAGACCCCUUAGAGCCAGAGAGGAGAGCCUGACCUGUUCAGCUCUCCCACUGUGACUCUGCUUACACAAGCACUCACAUGCUCACACAUGCACGCAUACACACUCACACACACAUACACACACAAAUACUUGCCCACAUGCACACAGGGGCUGGCUGUGUGAAUAAUCGCUUCUUCCCACAGUACCUGAAAAGUACCAGAGGCUUAUUUUUGAAUUUAUUUAUCCAGUACAUGUGCCAGAUUGUUGUCAGAUUUGAGCCCUACACCAAAUUGAGUUUUUCCUUCAUGUUUUCAUCUCUUUGUUAUUGGAAGAAGAGGUUCUAGAGGAAAGUGACAGUGCUACAAUGCAGAUAUGAGGAACAAUCGAACUAAGCUAUUGGUAGAUAUUGGUUGGCGUUGACAUGGGUACCAAAAUGUUUCGUCUUUGCAGUCUUUAUAUUCAUAACCCUUGCAUCUCAGACAAUGAGUGAAUUAAUUUGAUACGAUAGAAUUGAAAAGGUUGUGUGUUUUCCAACAAAAGAGAUUUUUAAAGACUUCGUCUUAUAUCAGGUGUAAAUGUCAAAUGGAUCCAAAUGCUUUCAGCCUUUUCAUGUCACCCCUCGUGUCUCUGAACACCAAACAAUCAGGACUCAUGAACUGUACAGUGGAGCAUCUUGGCAGUUAUUCAUUCAAAAGGGCCUUCUGCAGAUUUCACCAUUUGUCAUGACCUACCUAAACACACAAGUUGUUAUAUCAGGAAAGGCCCAGGUAAGUAUUGUCCCAGCCUUUAUUUUAUAUGCUUAUUGUUUCUCUUUCUAGUAACUGUUUUAUUUAUGCUUGAUGUGCUGUUCUCAUGCCUUCGAUGGAGUUCUCUGAGGCACUGAAUAAUCCUGUUGAGUUUAAGAGGUCUUUCACAGGGUGCAAGAGACCUUGGUUGCUAUUCUUCACUGAUCCAUUGUCAGCAGUUUUAAAAAUCAAGGAGUGAUUCCCUGGAAAAAUAAAGUAUCAAUGUGUCUCAAAUUCUGUAAUUUUAUAUGUGGUGUGGAAUCUCUUGAGGACUCGGAAGACUGUCAACCUACAAUGUUAUGGAACCUCUCUAAAAAUGAGUCAGUUCCAGAAGAUUGAGAUUUGUUUAGAAAUAACAAAAUUGUCUUUCCUCAGCUGUCUUUCCAACCAAGGUCAUAAACAUGUUUGCCUGCCGCCUGCUUUUGGCUUCUUCAGCUGGGUUGUCUGCAUCAAGACAUUGUCCUCUUAUACUGAGAUCAAAGAGCUUAAAAAUCAGCAGUGUCAUUGCUUUUCUACCUUUCCCACUGUCAAAUCAAAUGCUCUAGCUUCUGAAUGCUGCCGCCCCAAAACCCCCACCUACACUGCUGUUAGAAAGUUGUUCACUGGAGGUGGACCGUGUCAGGACAUCUCUGAUGUUGCCGUAGAGGUUUUAAGUGUCAGCGUCCAGGUGUUUGUCAAAAGCUUGAAUAUUCUUGCCUCUUGGGCCCAUUUCUCUGGUAACUCUUGCUUGGUGUUGGAUGUCUUCAGUAAAGCGGCCACAGACUGGGCCACUGUUCAGUUAUGCGUUCUGUAAAUAAACUGUUUGCUCAUA